AACACGAAAGAGCGCCUGCGCAAAAAUUUGGUGAGAUAUAGUUCCCGCGGUUUCCGUGAUUCUGCAGACGAUUAUACGACGAGUUUAUAGAUUGAUUAUCUGAAAUCGAAUAAAGACUUUCGGUUUUUAAAGAGCUAUGGGAAUGAGUAAAAUAACCGUGUGGGUGUUAAUUCGCAGAUACGAUCGUCUUGAAUCUGAAAAUGACAAGCUGCAAGCUACUUUGGAGCAAGUUACUCUAGAGCCAGAAUUGACAUUUGAUGAUCUUAAAAUGACACUUUUCUGUUUGGUCGGAAUAGAAGACGAUGGUAGUAAAGUGCUUAAGAUCAGGAGACACGAUAAUAAUUUAAUCCCAUUUUCCGCUCUGUUGGAUGGCUCUUCUGAGGACAAACCUUUUCUUGUAGAUGUGGUACGCGUUCAUCAAUACUGUAAGUGUUCUCCAAAGGAACGGAGCAUUCCUCCGGGAUAUGUUGAAGCUCUGGCACUCAAGUUGAACAAUCUUGAGAAAAGAGUAAUUUUGGUUGAAAAAGAAGUGCCGGAAUUGGAAACUUUGCAAAUUGCUGCGAUAGAAGAUGCUGCAAAUCAGUUAAGUAAUUGUGUCAGUUUUUUGGACCGCAGACUCGAUGAGUUGUCCCCACCUCAUUGGAAACUACAGAUUGGGUCUGGCAUUUAAUCGCACAAAAAAACAUGAUGAAACCAAAGAAGAAAUAGUUUUUAAAAAUUAGACAGAAGUUACUUGCACCUCCCCAUCUUUUUAAAGUUCUAUUUUCUAAAAUCAUUGGUAAGUUGUUUAUCGUAUUUAUUUUCCCCAAAUACUUUGUGAUAUUCAGAUAUUUCUACGGAACAAUGAUAAUUACAGGUAGCAGUAAUGGUUAUCAAUGAAUCUCAACGACUUGUAGUGAUUAAAUGAGAAAUAAGACGUAUUGUUGAAAAUGGC